AUGCGGCUGGUGAUCGCGGUGGCACAUCUCGCACCUCAGCUCGGCGAGUUUCAGGCCCAACAAGCCAAAUUCCUCAGUGAUGUGGAGAACGAGCUGGAGGAGCUGGCAGUCACCAUCGCGCAGGCCAAGAAGAUGGUGGAGCUCAUUAAGGAGGUAACCCUCGCCCCUCUCUCCCUGCGCUCAGGGCGCCGCCACAAAGGAGAAAAAAAAAAGCUCUUUGCAGAAGCCUCCGAGGUCCUGGCGACCUUCCAGAAGGAGGUGGCUGGUUUCAUCGAGGAUGGGGAGCGCUCCAUGCUGGGGGAGGCCGAGGCCGAUCUCCGCUGGAAGGAGGAGAGGCGAGCCAAGCUGGCCCAGUGCAAGCAAAACCUGGAGAACGUCCCCAGCACCGACACCAUCUACUUCCUCCAGGAAUUUCAGGCCUUAAAAGUAGCCAUGGAAGAAAACCUCUCCCCGUCUCUGAGCUUCCAGAAUGAGCUGAACUUCACCAAAUGCACCCAAGCCGUGGGCGCCGUGAAGGAUGUGCUGUCUGCUGCCUGCAAAAACCAGUGGGACCACUUGCAGGGGAAAGGAAUCGAUGGGCUGAGUUUCCAGGACAUGGAGGAAGAGAAGUCAAACAAUCCCGCCUGCCUGGAGAGCCGUGAUUACUUCCUGAAAUUCGCCUUCAUCAUUGACCUGGACAGUGACACGGCUGACAAGUUCAUCCAGCUGUUUGGCACCAAAGGGGCCAAGCGGGUGCUGUGCCCCAUCCCCUACCCAGAGAGCCCGACCCGGUUCAUCAACUGCGAGCAGGUGCUGGGUGUGAACCUCAUGAACCGGGGCAACUACUACUGGGAGGUGGAGAUCAUCGAUGGCUGGGUCAGCAUCGGUGUCAUCGCUGAGGACUUUGACCCCCGGGAGUCCUACAACCGCGGGCGCCUGGGGCGGAACGAGAAGUCCUGCUGCCUGCAGUGGAACGGACAGAACUAUGUGGCCUGGUUUGGUGGCUUUGAGUCCGUCAUCCAGCAGCCGUUUUUCCACACAAUCGGGGUCUUCCUGGAGUAUUCAGAGAAGGCCCUGACCUUCUAUGGAGUCAAGGACUCCAAGAUGACCUGCCUGCAGCAGCUCAAGGUCUCCCAUUUUACCAAGGGUCAGUUUGACCCGUUCCAGAACAAGAUCAACCACCAAUUCGCCUCUCUUUUCUUGUGCAAGCUGAAACCAGCCUUCUUCCUGGAGAGCGUCGAUGCCCACCUGCAGAUCGGGCCACUGAAGAAAGAUUGCGUCUCGGUGCUAAAGCGUAGGUAA